CUUAAUAUAUAUUACUUACACCUAGCCAUAUAUCUAUGUCAAUAUCUUCAUCGAUAGAGAUUUUUAAGACCUGCUAACAACAAGAACUCCCACCACUUGUUAUAAUAAACUUCUCCUUUAGAUUCUUGGUCUCUCUUGGCCCUUUUUUAGCUUGGAAAAAUCUAUCAAAAAUAACGAAAGAGAAGGUUUAUCGAUAGAUUGAGGUUUUUUUCUUGAUCUUCCCCUCUAGCUCUUUUCUUAUAUUCUUCGAAGCAGAUGUGCACCAGAGGCCAUUGGAGACCAGAAGAGGAUGAGAAGCUCAGGGAGUUGGUCGCCCGAUAUGGCCCUCAUAACUGGAACACGAUUGCUGAGAAGCUUCAAGGGAGAUCAGGAAAGAGUUGUAGGCUGAGAUGGUUCAAUCAGCUGGACCCAAGGAUCAAUCGCAGCCCCUUCACCCCGGAGGAAGAAGAACGGCUCCUUGCUUCUCACCAAAUCCAUGGGAACCGAUGGGCCAUCAUCGCAAGGCUCUUCCCAGGUCGCACUGACAACGCAGUCAAGAAUCAUUGGCAUGUGAUCAUGGCGCGAAGAUGUAGAGAGAGGUCGAGACUUUACUCCAAGAGGCCUUAUCGCUCUGCGAUCAAAGAUGAGAAAUCCAAAAAAGGGAAAGAGAGGAAAUCCGAGUCUAGAAAUAUCGUUGCACUGAUUGAAAAAUAUUAUAGAGGACACAGUGACUCCGUAGCUAAUAACCUUCAGGAUCACAAAGAGUUUUAUUCUGAGAUCCAUGGUUAUCAUCCCCAUAUGGUUGCAGAUGGAGAUAGGGAAGGAGAAAACUCAAUCGAGUUCUAUGAUUUUCUCCAAGUAAACACUGAUUCUAAUGAUACAAAGUGUUGCUCAAGCAUAGAGGAACAAGAGGAGACCAAGGAGAAUUGCAGCAAGGCUGGUGUUCCUUUCAUAGAUUUCUUGGCAGUCGGAAGUUCCUCUUAACGAUGGGUACUAGUAAAGACAAGUAGACGAGUUACCCAAAAAAGGAAAAAAAAAAAAAGACAAGCAGACACAUUUGAUAUGUAUAGCUUUAGUGCACAUAAAACCUAACAUCGUAGAACUCACUAUAAAUAUGUAAAUGCUGCUUAAUAUAGCAGGACUUAUUUAUAUUGCAUCUAGUGGCGAGUGAAAGAAGAUUCUCUUAAAGUAAAUGAGGAUCCACUCCCUUAUAUUUGGUCUUCUUGUCAAAAUGGUGAUGAGGUUGCCAGUCAAUUCGACCAUGUAUUC